GAAAAGAAAAAGAUAAAGCAAUGAAUGAAAAACAAAGGCAAAAGGGUAAAUUUGGAAAAAGGGAUAAAUGGUAGUAAGGCAAAUGUCCAUUUCAUUGAUCUUUUCUUUUCUUAUAUCUUCAUUUUAGAAUCUUUUCUCUAUCUCUCUCUCUCUCUCUAAAACCAGAUUCUUGAUAGAAGAAGAAGAGGAACGGAGAAUCUGCCAUGGCUUCGCCGAGCAAACGUCGAGAGAUGGAUAUGAUGAAAUUGAUGAUGAGUGAUUACAAGGUGGAUACAAUCAACGACGAUUUGCAAAUGUUCUAUGUCACAUUCCAUGGACCCACUGACAGUCUUUAUCAGGGAGGUGUAUGGAAGAUUAAAGUCGAACUUCCCGAAGCUUAUCCAUACAAAUCACCAUCUGUAGGAUUUGUUAACAAGAUUUAUCACCCUAAUGUCGAUGAAUCUUCUGGUGCAGUUUGCUUAGAUGUUAUAAACCAGACAUGGAGCCCAAUGUUUGAUCUUAUAAACGUUUUCGAGUCCUUCCUUCCGCAACUGCUUCUGUAUCCAAACCCAUCAGAUCCAUUUAAUGGAGAAGCUGCUUCGCUGUUGAUGCGAGACCGCGCUGCCUAUGAGCUGAAAGUGAAAGAAUAUUGUGAGAAAUAUGCAAAACCCGAGAAGGAGAAUUUAAGUGAUGAUGAUGAGGAUGACGACGACGAUAGCAUGAGCGAAGAUGGCUCGGAUUCUGAUGAUGAUGACGAUGAAAUCGUUGGAAAAGCCGACCCAUGACUGUUACAAAUCAAUCUUUCUUUGCACUUUCAUUAGUCCAUCUUCAAAUUUAAACCAUUAAUGCUCAUUGCAAAGAGGAGAGAAACUUUCCUCUGUAAAUUUGUAAAGACUUGUUAUUCUUUAGGCCUAUUGAAAUUUCUUUUUAAAACAGUAGAUAAAAUGUAACAAUUUGUAAUCUCACAUUAAUGGAAACAUGAAUCCAUAUCUCAUUGUUUGUUUUA